CUCACCAAACUCCCAAUUCCAGCCACACCACUGCCAAGAACCAGACAUGCAACCUUAUGCCUUCCUCCUCCCUUUACUACUCUUCCUCUCCACCUCAACCCAAUCAAUGGUCUCAAACCCACCCCCCUUAGCCAAGCCCAACAAUGAGACCAUAUACAACAUCUCAAAAGCACUCUGCUGGAACUGCUGGGCCGAGUCUAUAGAGUUCCUCUUUGUUCACAACUGGGUCCGGGCAACCCACUGGGAGAUGCCAUUAUUCUGGGACCCAAGGCUGGAGGCCUACGCCCGGUGGUGGGCGGAGCAGAGGAAGGCGGACUGCCGGGUGGCGCACUCGUUCCCUGAGGGGGGGUUCACGUUGGGGGAGAACGUUUUCUGGGGCGGGGGUUCGCGGUGGCGGCCGGCGGACGCGGUGCAGGCGUGGGCAGAUGAGGAGAAGGACUACUCCUACACGGCCAACUCGUGCGCGCCCGGCCGGAUCUGCGGCCACUACACCCAGAUCGUCUGGAAGAGCACGCGCCGGCUCGGAUGCGCCCGGGUCGUGUGCGACGACGGUGAUACGUUCAUGACUUGCAACUAUGAUCCGCCCGGGAAUUAUAUUGGGGAGAGACCCUAUUAGGAUUAUUUGAUUAUGAUAGAUGGCUCUGGAUCGGUUGACUGAUGUCGUAGGGAUCAAUUUAUGUCAUAUUGGUGGUGUGCCGCGUGGUAUCUAGGUUUGUUGGUGUUCUGUUUUAACGUAUAUUGAGGUUCUGUUUGGGUCAUAUUUGUAGCUAUAUUUUUGGAUAUGGACGCAAAAGCAGUGGCGGUUGUGGUGUUUGGUCUGGGGUAGUAUGUGAGGUUUACGGUUAGAGCAUAUUACCGUGGAGUGUAUUAAUCUAUGAGGAUAUGAUCUUAAAUGUGUAAAUAUUGAAAUCGAGUAUGUGCUUGAUCACGUCUGUCAAUGUGCUACGGUGUUGACAGCAGAUGUGAUAAUAGAUAAUGUGUUGGUGCAAACGCUUUGCUUGCAGUUAACACCAGCAUUACAUUAAUCUACUAUGCUACACCUUUAAGUUGAAUUUGUA